AAUCAGCUGUUUCAGAUCAACAAAACAAUUGCAUUUCUAUUUUUACUACAAGCUAAAGUAACAAAACACUAAUAAUUUUCAUAUUUCGCUACAUUUUAAUAAAAUCUCGUUCACAAUGGAAAAAUUGGAGGCGCUGAAAAUAUCAUCAAUGCGUCCACGCACAAAUAUACUUGACCGACCACUAUCUAAAGGUAAAGGCGAGGUAUCGCAAAGCAUAGUAGCACUGCUUUUCAGUGAAAUCGUGCAAUACUGCCAAAGUCAAGUGAGCACAGUGCAGGAGCUACAAAACAGAUUGCAUGCCCUUGGCCAAGAUGUGGGCACACGGGUUAUUGAUUUAUACUUUAUGCGCGAACGCAAUGGCAAGCGUGAAACAAAGUUAACGCAAAUGCUGUUAUUUGUUAAAACAACAGUAUGGAAGAAUUUAUUUGGCAAAGAGGCUGAAAAGCUCGAACAUGCAAAUGACGAUGAAUGCACUUAUUAUAUUAUCGAAAAGGAACCAAUGGUCAAUACGUUCAUAAGUGUGCCUAAAGAUAAGAGUACACUUAAUUGUGCCAAUUUUACAGCGGGUAUUGUGGAGGCAGUGCUAAAGCAUUCAGGAUUUCCUUGCAAAGUGACGGCUCAUUGGCAUAAAGGCACAACAUACAUGGUCAAAUUCGAUGACAAUGUUAUUGCACGCGACAAACAACUGGAAGAUAAAUAGAUUUUACUGCACUUUAUUUAUAUUAAUCGCAAUUUUAUGUUCAAUUUUCAUAUUAAUUAGUCUACGUUUAUUCAUUAAUAAAAGCGUAUGCACACAUUUUCAAUAUA